AUGGAAAGCAACCUGGGUAAUAACAUUAACAGUUUACUUACGUUAGACGAUCUUGCUUCACCCAAUUUCAAAACAUUUAUCUCAUAUAAUAAAGGAAAAGGUUUCGCUGAGGAUGAACUUCCUAGCGUCAAACAAGACGAUGAAAAGCAUACCGACGACGAAUUAGAUAAAAUCAACUUAAGGUAUCUCGAGGAAAAUAUAGACCAUGAGGAGUACAACUUUCAAGAUUCUGAAGAAGAAAUGGUUCCGGAAAGUGGGGAUUUUGGUUAUGGCACAAUAGAAUCCCAUCCUUAUGUUGUAUCUCUUCUCACAAAACUAAGAACUUCUGAGAAUGAGUUGAAUCAUUGCAAAGAAUCAAAUCACUUAUUAAAAAGAUCUAACGAAGAUCUACAAGAAAAGUUAGAAAUCCUGGAAACGGAAAAGGAGCUGUUCCAAGAGGAGAUGCUCGCAAAUAAUGAAGAAAAUCAAGGAACGCCUACUUCUGAGACUGUUGAAAAAUUAGAAAAACAACUUCAAGAAAUACGCCGCGAUGGAGAUGAACUAGUUAACUCAUACAAGACACGUCUUCAUAAAAUGGCGGAAGAUUAUUCUUCUGCAAUAAAGGAUCGGGAAGUAUCUGAAGAAGAAAAUCAAGAAUUAAAAAAUAAAGUCGCAAAGUUCAAUUUAGAACGAGCAAAGCUAAUUGAAGCUAAUACGAAGCUUACAAGCGAAGUCAGCCGUCUAACGGUCGACUACAAGCAAUUAGAAGCUGAACAUGUCUCUCAGAAAGAGAUAGCUAAUAAGAAAAUAAAUGAUCUUGAAGGAGAAGUUGGUCAGCUCACCGAACAAUUAGCUUCCGCUCGCGGUCAAAGCGCCGAAUAUAUGAUAGAUUACGAAAGAGAAAAUAAAAGUCUUGAAUCUCGCUUUAAGUCUCUCGGUGAAUUGAACCGAAACCUGGAAAAACAAAAGAGACAUCUUGAAAAUCAAAGAAGUGAAUUACAAUCCCGAAAGGAUACUUUGACGUUGGAACAAGAUAAAUUGGUGUCUCAGCUUAGUGAUAUCGCCGAAGAUAUUGAAUUAACAGCAAAAAAAAUCACAUCGGCACAGGAGCGUUUGGAAGAACAGAAAAUCCAACUCUCAGCGGUUCGCUCUAAUUAUUCAGAAGAAAUGUCAAGGUUGCUCGAAGAAAAUGAAAUAUUGAAGGCAGAAAGAGAUGGUUUGGAAUCCCAAGCUAAAGCAAGAGAACAUGAUGUAGAAUUUCUUAUCACACAAAAUGAAGAAAUGGAACAGAAGAUCGCGUAUAUGGGACAAUAUUUACAAGAAUUGAAAGAUGUCUUUGAUGAAGUUAAAGAACUUGAACCGAAAAGUAAAAAUUCUAGUGAUGCUGCUAAAGCAAGAGAGAUCCUUUUACAUCUUCGAAACGUAAGCGAGAACCUUAAAAAAAAAAAUUCUAGUCUUUUCGAUGAUCUUCUUGUAGCUAAUGAUAAAAUCCAGCGACUUGAAAUUCAAUUGAAUGAAAUGGCUGGCUUGGUCAAAAAUUUUGAAGAGUUACAGUCCAAAUCGACUCAAGGCUUACAUAAUCGUAAUGGACCAAUACAUACGGGAUCGGAAGACGAAGAAAGAUUGAAAAGUGAAGUCUUAGCACUUCGAACUCAAUGUGCCUCUCUCGAGUCUGAACUAGUUUCUCAAAAAGAUCAAGUAUCACAGUUAGAUAAAUUAAGGCUUUCUUCCGACACUACAAAAAAACAGUUGAUGGAACGGGAGGCUGAAAUCGCAGAACUCAAAUCCAAGCUUGAAUUAAAUGAGUUGGAGAUGAAAUCAAAAAGUCUAAUGAUUGGACAAUUGCAUCAGGAAGUUCGCAAUCAUAAGGAUCAAAAUGCUGGUAGCAUAUCAUAUAGUACCAUAAGCUCAGGUGGUAAUUCAUUAGUUGUUCAAUAUGAACAAAUGAUUGAAGAUAUGCGAGAUAAACUUGACAAAGCAAAUGUUGAGAAUGGCAAGUUGAGAUAUCAACUUUCUGAGGCAGCACAGAAGGCGUUAGAUAGCGUCAAUGCCGCUACAAUCCAGGAACUUAAACUUCAAAAUGCCGAACUUAAACGAAUUUUAAUGUCGCGAGAGGAUGAAUUAAUGAAGGAACAGAGCAAAUCUUUUGAUAGGAAGAAUAAAUCUACUUCAUUAAGUUCUGGUGAAAGAAUUCGAGGUGAAAUCGUUGAAGGCAUUAGUGAAUUGAUGGACACUUCAGAUGAUAAGGUCAUGGAUAUAACCUUGUCAACAGACCUUUCCUUCUUCUGUAAUGGUGAAUUUGCAGCAAAUCGACGUUCGACCUUUACUCCUCGUCGAACAAGUAUUAGGUCAAUCCAGCCUGAUAUGAAAGCGCUAAAAGUACAAGUAGACAAUUUACAUAAACAGUUGGAGACUAAGAAUUUUGACUUCGAGAAAGCAAUGUUUACGGCUCAAAAUCUUUCUCAGAAACUUGAAGAUGCCCGAGGAAAAAUAAAUUUCAUGGAAGAAUGUAUACAAAGCAUAGAUAAAACAAUCGUCAUGUUGAGAGAUGAGUUGAUACGUAAACAACAACAUGUCGUUGACCUUGAGUCACAAUUACAAAAUGGAAUAUGUUUCCGUUGUGGUCUUAACUCUGAUGAUAGUACACCAGAUGUUCUAAAUAACGGAGCAUCUAAUCGUAGUAUUAUGUUGGAAGGAGAUAUCGAUGCGACUCUUAAAAACAAUCUCCAGACCAUUAAAUAUAUGGAUGAACUUAUACGAGUUUUCGCACAACAAAAUAAUCUCUUUCAAAGUAGUCUAAACCAAGACGAUGCUACAUUUUCGGGUCAAAACGUUCAAUCCUUGUUAGAAGGAUUAUAUCACCAAACUGCAAAUAUGCAAAAAGUUAUUGAAGACAAUGCUGGACUUUUGAAACGUCUAAUCGAAGCUUCUCUUUCUGAUACACCCUCUAAGAGACAAAGUCGGUUUAAUUCUCGACUAAGCAAAUAUUCUAAUACUACAAACAGCAAUUUGGCUGAUACGGUUGAGAUUAAACGUCAAGAUUUACAUGCGAUAAUUAGAGCUGGAAAUGAGAUGAUCAAAUCGCCAGCGCAGUUUGUGUCUCAGAUUGACAACUUUGCAUCCGUAAUAUUAGAUCAAGAUCGCGAUAAAUCAGACAUAGAAGAUGGUAUUCACAAAUUUAAGGAAUUGGCCCCUAUAUUAGAAAAAUAUGUAAAGAAGUUUGAAGCAUGUUCUAAAUCACAUCAAGAACUGCUAAAAGAUUUUACGGCAAGUCGUAAGCUCCUGGAUGGUGGUAAUUCAGAGACAAAGAACCAAAUCAAUAUUUUAAUUACAAAUGGCCAUGAAUUGGCAACGGAAAAUUUACAAUUAUCAUUACAAAUUAAAGAAUUAGUUUCGUUACUAUCAACUUUAACGGCUGAAGAUCACGUAAUUUCAAAUAGCAGUGCUUCUAUUUUGGUUGUUCAAGAAAUUGAUAAUCAUCAAAAAGAAAUCGAAAAAUUACGAAAAUUGGUGGUAACUCAAACGCAAAUAAUUGCAGAAUAUGAAGCCAAUAUUGAACUGUCUAAACAGAAAGAUGAACAGGUAAAAUCAUUAAGGGCUACACUGGCUACUUUGACUAAAUUAAAGAAUGUUGAUCAGGGCAAGACGGAUUCUGACGAUAAAUAUAAUCUGUUAACUAAAUGCGAGGAAUUCUAUAAUCUUUGGCUACAAGAAGUUAAUAUCAACUCAUCUUUAAGGGAAGUUUUUAAGGAUCUUAAGGUAUCAAGUUCAAGUAAAGAGAAAGAAAUGAAAUUACGAAUUGAAAGUUUAACGGCGCAGGUAAAUGGUUCCUCACAAAAACUUCAGAAUUUUAAAAUUCAAGCAGAAAAGUUUGAAGAAAAAUAUCAAAAAUCUGAAGCAGCCCUUAAAGAACAAGUUCAACAAUAUGAGAAAUUGAAAAGAGAUUGGGCGGAUUUAAUCGAAACUCAUAAAGCAGAUUUGGAAGCUUUGAAACAUCGUUGGACUAAGGAGCGUAAAACUCUACAAGAAGCCAAUAAAAAUACAAAAGUACAACAAUUAGCAGAUAUAGAAGCCGGUCAUAAUAAGCUUCAAGAUGCGUGGCGGAAAGAAAAGGAAUCAAUUGCUAAAAAGAAUCGCGUAAUAAAAGAAACUCAUCAGAAAGAAAUCAAAGGCUUACAAAGGGAAAUCGAAAAACUAACCUCCAAAAUCCGAGACUUGGAUAAUGAGAUUUCGUCUAUCAAUGCAGAAAAAAGGAGCUUAACGUUAGAAAAAACUGCCGUAACCAAAGACAAAACAGAACUGCAACAAAAACUUGAAAAUUUGGAAAAGGAAUCUGUUAGAUACCAAUCCAAGCAAGCUUCAUCUGCAGAAUUAAACAAACAACUCCGUAUUUUACAAAAAGAGAGAGAUGUUACGGUUGAGAAAGCAAAUCAGAAAAUUGUUGAUCUUGAGGCAGCUCUUAAACAAGAACAAGAAUCAAAGGUUCAAUUAAACAGGGUCAAGAAUAACGCUCUUAAGGAAAUAACUUCCUUGAAAAACCAAAAUAGAGUCGCCUAUGAGAUAAAAGAUUCCCUGGAAGAAGAUUUACGUGCUAAAAAUGAGCAUAUGAAGGCACUUGAAGUUGAAAUCGAAAACAUCACCGAACAGUUGCAAUCUGAACGUCGCGAUCAUCAAGAAAAGAACACACAGUUGUCUUAUUACGAAGAUCAAUUACAGUCGGAACAGGAACGUUAUCGGGAGCUAAUGGUUAAACCAUACGAUAAUGAACAAAUUUUCCAAAUAAUUGAAGAAAAUAAGCGAUUAAAAGACGACUUGCAAACACUUGAUGCACAGAUCAAAGCUGUAAGAAAAGAAAUGAUUGACCAAAAAGUUAACGGCCAACAAAAAACUGCUAAUAACGAAGAGGAUGACUAUUUUAAACAAAAAUAUAAAGACGAAAAAAGGCAGCACGUUGAUGAUUGUAAUCUUCUUUUUAAAGAAGUAAAAUUUCUUAAAGCUAAAUGUCAUAGGGAAUCUGGGUUUCGGGCCGAUUUAUGUUAUCAAAAAAAAUUCUUAAUGCUACUUAUUGGUGGCAGUGAGUCGUGUGAACAAGCAACGUUACUUUUGAUUCAGAAUAUCCAUAAUCCGUCGCGAAGUGCCUACAUACAACCUUCUCCUUUGCUUGUCAAGUUCCGGGGUGUUGUUAAUGCUGUUAUUGCUAUUCAAAGGAUGAGGAUUCUUAAAAACAAUUGGGGAAAACACAAGAAUAUGAAGAAAAAUAUUCAACAACAAUAUCAAAGACUUCAUAAGAAUAAUCAAUAA